UUUUUUUUUUUUUCUUCUUACUCUUAUUUGACUUGAAUUUAAUUGAAUUUACUCCCAAAAUCAAUUUAUUUCCUUACCAAAUGGGUUUAUUUGCUUGCUUUUUAUCAAUAAUGAAACAAAGAAUAAUUUUCAUUUCCUUAAUUGAGCAUUUAAGGCAAUCCAAAUAUACCCUUGUCAGCAAAGCUUCCAUCUUUGUCUUCCUUAUCAUGUCGUCUUCUUAUCAACAUUUUUCUUACAAUCUUUGUCCAAGGAAUUUCACAAUAAAUAGCUAAUACAAGUGACAUUUCUUGUUGGGAAAAGGAAGUUUGUAGGAGGUAACAGACUUUGGAAGAAAAAGGAUGGCUUCUGUUUCUGAUAUAUUGGUUUCUGCUGGUUUUAAUCUUUUAAGUGCACUUGUGUUCUUGUUGGCAUUUGCACUACUGAGGAUCCAACCCUUCAAUGAUAGAGUUUACUUCCCAAAAUGGUACCUUAAGGGCUUAAGAAACAGCCCACUUAACACAGGAGCUUUUGUGAGCAAAUUUGUGAACUUGGACUUCAAGUCAUAUCUGAGAUUCUUGAAUUGGAUGCCAGAUGCUUUAAGAAUGCCCGAAUCAGAGCUUAUUGAUCAUGCCGGAUUGGAUUCUGCUGUUUACUUAAGGAUUUAUUUGAUAGGACUAAAGAUUUUUGUUCCUGUGACGGUGCUUUCUGCAUUGGUUCUGAUUCCUGUCAACUACACAAAUGAUACCUUGAAAUUGUCCAAAACUACUUACAGUAGCAUUGAUAAGCUCUCGAUUUCAAAUAUACCGCUUGAAUCAAAAAGGUUUUGGGCUCAUUUAGUAAUGGAAUAUGCUUUCACAUUUUGGGCAUGCUUUAUUCUUUAUAGAGAAUAUGCAAAUGUUGCAGCAAUGCGGUUGCAAUUCAUGGCUGCAGAAAGACGUCGUCCUGAUCAAUUUUCUGUCCUGGUACGAAAUGUUCCCCCGGAUGCAUAUGAAUCCAUUAGUGAGCUUGUGGAGCACUUUUGCCUAGUCAAUCAUCCUGAUCAUUAUCUCACACAUCAGGUGGUUUACAAUGCAAACAAGCUGGCAGAUUUAGUUGAAGAGAAGAAAAAGAAGGAAAAUUGGCUUGAUUACUAUGAACUAAAGUUUUCUAGAAAGCCCGAUCAAAGGCCCAUGACUAAGACAGGAUUUCUUGGCUUAUGCGGACAGGAAGUUGAUGCCAUAAACUAUUAUGCUGCUGAAAUCGAGAGACUGACAAAAGAAAUUGCUGAGGAAAAAGAGAGAGUUAAACAAGAUUCAAAGUCUAUCAUGCCUGCUGCUUUUGUCUCUUUUAAGACGCGCUGGGGUGCUGCUGUUUGUGCACAGACUCAGCAAACAAGAAACCCAACUAUAUGGUUGACGGGAUGGGCCCCAGAGCCGCGUGAUGUAUAUUGGCCGAACUUGGCCAUUCCUUAUGUUCAUCUCAGCAUUCGAAAGCUGAUAAUGUCUGUCGCAUUCUUCUUUCUGACCUUUUUCUUCAUUAUCCCUAUCGCCUUUGUACAAUCACUUGCAAGCAUCGAGGGGAUACAGAGAUAUGCUCCUUUUAUAAAGCCUCUCAUGGAAAUGAAAUUUAUCAAAUCUUUCCUUCAAGGUUUCUUACCGGGACUUGCAUUGAAGCUUUUCCUGAUCUUCUUGCCCGCAAUAUUGAUGAUGAUGUCCAAAUUUGAAGGUUUUGAAUCGCUUUCAUCUCUAGAAAGGAGAUCAGCUUCACGAUAUUACAUGUUCAAUUUUGUCAAUGUUUUCCUUGGAAGUGUUGUAACUGGAACUGCAAUCGAACAACUCAAAACAUUUCUCAAUCAGCCGCCAUCUAAGAUCUUCGAGAUCAUUGGAAUGUCGAUUCCGAUGAAGGCGACAUUCUUCAUAACUUACAUUAUGGUUGACGGAUGGGCUGGCGUUGCCGGUGAGAUUCUGAGAGUAAAACCCUUGAUUAUAUACCAUUUGAAGAACUGGUUCUUGGUGAAGACCGAGAAGGAUAGGGAGGCAGCAAUGGAUGCAGGAAGCAUCGGGUUUAACACCGGGGAACCUCAAAUACAAUUGUAUAUAUUGCUAGGCCUUGCUUAUGCUGUAGUCACUCCAAUUCUACUGCCGUUCAUUUUGGUCUUCUUCGGCUUCUCUUAUCUUGUGUAUCGACAUCAGAUCAUAAACGUUUACAAUCAAGAGUAUGAAAGUGCUGCGGCUUUCUGGCCAGCUGUCCAUGGACGGAUUGUCACUGCAAUGGUUUUCUCGCAGUUGCUUCUAAUGGGAUUGUUGAGCACAAAGAAGGCUGCUUCGUCAACGCCAUUUCUCAUCGCCCUUCCGAUUCUUACGAUUUGGUUCCACAGGUUCUGCAAGGGCCGUUUUGAGCCGGCAUUCAAAACUUAUCCUCUACAGGAGGCAAUGAUGAAAGAUACAGUAGAACGUGCUAGAGAUCCAAACUUCAACUUAAAAGGAUACCUUCAAAAUGCUUAUAUUCAUCCGGUGUUUAAAGAUGACGAUGAUGAAGAUGAUGUUUUCCAAAACAAAUUGGAGACGGAGACAAAGCUUGUUCCAACGAAACGCCAGUCUAGACGAAACACUCCGGUGCCUAGCAAAAUGAGCAAUGCAUCUUCUUCGCCUUCUCAAACUUAACAUAUCGACCUAUGAAAACGUAUACAUGUGAGAUCUCUUGCGAGAAAAAGGAGCUAGUUCAACCCAAAAGUCGCGGUGUACUAGGAAAAUGAACAUGUCUUUCUCUCGUGUGUAAAGGAUAAAUGAGUUAGUUUCGGUAUGCAUGUAAAUUAUUUCAAGUUCUAAUCUAUAAAUGUCCCUCGAGCUGGUAGUUUUAUGCAAA